UAUUUAGAAGACCAAAAACUUUGGCCAUGGCUUGCGUUGCUCCUUCAAAGUGCAUGAGCUGCGACGACGAGGCUGAUAAUCGUCACGAAAACCAAACAUUGGCGAUCCAGAAUCUCGUGAAGAGGCUGCAAAUCGUCGCAAAAAGUCAUAAGGAAAAUAAUGGAGAGACGACGACGAAUGACGAGUGUGGUGAUACGCGUGAGAAGAGUUCAUCUAGUGUUGCGUUUUGUGGUGUGAAUAUUUGCAGAGAGAGAAGAGCAGCUGUUCUUGUAUGCCUCUUUGAAGGGCGCGAUGGAGAACUACGCGUAAUUCUCACCAAGAGAUCCAUGAAUUUGUCUACUCAUCCAGGAGAAGUAGCAUUGCCCGGUGGGAGAACGGAUGAAGAAGAUGCAGACGAUUCCGCCACAGCUCUGAGAGAAGCAAAGGAAGAGAUAGGAUUACAUCCCAGUCUUGUACAAGUCGUCGCAAAUCUAAAACCUUUCAUUUCACUGCAUCUACUUACAGUUGUACCAGUAGUGGGGCUAUUGGCUAAAGUGGAGGAAUUCAAGCCACUACUCAAUGCCGACGAAGUUGAUGCUAUCUUUGAUGUCCCUUUGGAGAUGUUUCUUCAGGAGGGUGAUAUUCAUACAAGAGUGGAGAAGGAAUGGGAAGGAUGGAAAUAUGUUUGUCACAGAUUUGAGCAUCAAACUUCAAAGAAAGAGAGAUAUGUGAUCGGAGGUUUGACGGCUAGCAUUUUGAUGCAUGCAGCCUCCCUCAUCUACCGCCGCACGCCGCCGCCGUUCAUUGAACAUCUCCCAAACUUUACCCAACUCCAACUCCAACUCAUGUUGAAACAACCCUACCAUUAACUCUUUUAACUAAUGUCUCAAAUUAUCCAUCCAUUGAUUCUACAACUAGGAAACAAUAUAAUUAACAGUGCAGUGUUUUAUAAAAUUGUACAUUGUGCUUUGUUAGUGAAAGCACAGAGCAUACCCACAGCAUUAUUAUAAAAUUGUGCAUUGUACUUUGUUACGGAGUAUUACGUAUUUAAAGAUUUGUGUUUGGAAUACUAAA